CCCUACGGCCAGCCCGACGGCCAGCCCGUCGGCCAGUCCGACGGCCAGCCCGACGGCCACCCGACCCCCGCCCCGACGGCCCCCCCAGCGGUGUACGGUGAGCUCUCUGCAACGGUGCUCGACCCAGAAGAGUUUGUGGCAAAUUGUACAAAUAACCCGGAUAUUCAAGCAUCGAUUGCGACCUACCUCGAUGGUGAACUUGGUAGCACCGUCGACCCUCAGGCCAUCAAUGUGUUCUGCAAAUUGGUUGAUGGCAACGUCACCCUUGGGUACGAGGUCGAAGCCAGCUCGUUUGACGAUACUCUUCAAGAUAUAGGAGCAGCUCUAGCAGGCAUUGUAGCGGGGGGUGUUGGGGCUGCGCUGUUGUCGCUUAGCGGUGCGAUGUUUGCAGGUGCAGCACCUGCGCUUGGGGGACUUGGAAGCCUGUUUGGCCAAUUCUUUCAGGGGAAUAGUCCUCCUGCUCCAAGCCCCCCCUCUUAUGCGCCGCGACGGAGACGUUCGACGCCGAGACGGAGACGUUCGACGCCGAGCCCCACGGCCAGCCCAACUGCCAGUCCGACGCGCAACCCAACGCGCAGUCCGACGGCUAGCCCGACGGCCAGCCCGACGGCCAGCCCGACUGCUAGCCCCACGGCCGGCCCAACUGCCAGCCCGACAGCCAGCCCGACGGCCAGCCCCACGGCCAGCCCUACGGCCACCCGACGGCCAGCCCGACAGCCAGCCCAACUGCUGGCCCGACGCCAAGCCCGACGGUCUGCACAACGGUUCAAGGUGGUUUUGCCCUCACCGUCCCCGACCCCGAAGAAUUUGCAGAGAAUUGUUCCAACGGUACAGACGUGCGAGUUGCUCUAG